CUUCUUCUUAUACAUUUACUAAUAAUAUAUAAUUUUUAACAAUUAAUAUCAGUCAUUAUUACAUAAUAUUAAAGUUGUACAUAAAACAGAAUGGAUUUUACUUGGGUAUCUGAUAUCCCAAAUACCCGUAAACAUAACCUGCGUUUGUUAAAUACUGAUAGCAUAAAUAGUAAAGAUAAUAAUGAGAACCAAAGUAGCCAUUUACAACAAUUUAAGUCUCUUUCACGUAGUAACUCACGUCUAUCUUACACCCCACCUUCUACUACUAAUACAGAGACUAUACGACGUUCUCGUGCUGGCACAAUGCCUUCUUCUACUAUAUCCCCCUUUAUGGCUUUAAACUCUUCAAAUCUAUACUUAAGUCAACAAAGACCUAAUCAUAAUCCAAUAGAUCCUGACGGAUUACAUUCUGGAAUGUCAAGUCCAUUAGAUGAAAACACUACUAAUUCAAUUGCAAGUACUUUAGCUUCUUUAGGCCUAGGUGAUGAUCUUAAUGACAAGAUCAAUAAUGAUAAUAACAAUAACAGUAAUAGUAACAAUAAUAAUAAUAAUAAUAAUAAUAAUACGAAUACUAGUUUGACACAACAACAACAGCAGCAACAGCAGCAGCAGCAGCACCAGAAACAGCAACAGCAACAUUAUCUUCAACCAGUAACGCGUCACCGUGCUUUUACAUUUUCUUCGAGAAACACGAUGACAGAUAACCAAGGGGCCCCAGAUAUGAUGUCAUUCACUCCUUUUCCUCAAAAAACCUCUUUCAGUCGUCCACGCGCCGUUAGUUUAGGUAUGGCUGACUUAUCCCAUGAUGGAUUUUCUCCCUUUAAUCAUUAUUCAUCUUCGGAAUAUCAUCCGACCAAGUCAAAUAGUAGAAUAGAUGAAAAAUCAUCCUUGUUAUAUCAACCUCUAUUUUCUUAUGAAGGAGAUAAUAGUAUGAUAGAGCCUAUCUCUCGUCAAUCUUCACCUAAUAAUAUUGAGACGCAAAUACCUUCUCGUGCUCUUUGGUUAGGUAAUAUUAGCCCAUCCCUGAGUGUUCCUGAUUUACAUAAAAUGUUUGCUCGAUAUGGUCAUGUGGAGAGCGCUCGAAUCUUAUCUGAUAAGGAAUGUGCUUUUGUCAAUUUUGAUACAGUAGAGUCAGCUAUUGCGGCUAAAGAAGAUCUUGUGAAUCGAUUAGGUAGUAAAGUGGGUGGUACCACUGUAAAAGUUGGAUUUGGAAAAGCAGAUGUGAGUCUAGCUAUGGCUCUAACUCAAGAUGCAGGACCAAAUGCUCAAGGACCAACACGAUCUCUUUGGGUUGGUAAUAUACCAUCCAAUGUAAAUCCUGCUAUUUUGAGAUCUAUUUUUCAAAUAUUCGGUACAAUUGAAUCCAUUCGUAUUCUUUCUCAUAAAAAUUGCGGAUUUAUUAAUUUCGAACGUCAGGAAGAUGCCGUCCGUGCACGAAAACAUAUGCAAAAUAAGGAAAUUUUAGGACCUGGUACAAGCACUGUACGUAUCGGUUUUGCAAAGGCACCCUCAAGUAACGAAAUUAUUCAAGAUGUCGUUAUUUCGGGUAAUACAGUGACUUCUUAUCCAUCUACGAAUAAAGUAAUAUCUCAGCAACAAGAAGAUAAUACAUCACAAUGGGCCACAGUUAUUUUUAUGGCUAGUAUGAUGAUGAAUGCUGCUAAAGAUGGCUCUUCAAUAUCUACUAAUUCAUCUAGUACUACGACUGCUGCUUCUCGUUUAGCUACUGAACGUAAAUUGAUUAUGCAACAGUUAGGUUACGAAUCCCAAUCUUAUGAAGCUGAACGCAAUCCUAUUCAUUAUUUUUCAGCCAUUCCAGCUGUUCCUGAAUUUAGCGUAGAUCGUAAACUUAGUCCUCUAAGACUUCGUGAGAUUAAAAAGAGUUUAGAUAAUGGGCAAUCUAUACCUAUCAUAGAAUCUAUUGCUCAAGAAUGUAUGGAAGAAAUUGUAGAACUUUGUAGUGAUUAUAUUGGAAAUACAGUUGUUCAAAAGUUUUUUGAAUAUUGUAGUGAUAAAACCAAACUGGAGAUGUUGGAGAGAAUUGCACCUCAUUUAGCUUCUAUUGGUAUUCAUAAGAAUGGUACUUGGGCUGCACAAAAAAUGAUUGACUCUGUUCUUAUCGAUAAGCAGAUAGAGUUGAUUAGUUUGCACAUUGCUCCAUACGUCCCAUUAUUAUUAUUAGAUCAAUUUGGUAAUUAUGUAGUUCAAUGCUGUCUACGUAAGGGACCUAAAUACAAUCAAUAUAUAUUUGAUGCUAUUGUGGACAAAUGCUGGGAAAUAGGCCAAGGUCGAUUCGGAUCACGCGCUGUUCGUUCUAUAUUAGAAAACCCAAUUGUUACUAAAGACCAACAAAUUUACGUUGCGGCUGCUAUUAUGCAAAAUGCAUUGUUUUUAAGUACAAACGCCAAUGGUACAAUUUUACUAAAUUGGUUGCUUGAUACCUCUGGAUUACUUGGGCAUUUUCGUGCCUUGAGUAAUAAUAGUAAUAAUUAAGUUACCCUUUACUUAUUUCCCUCUAAAUAUAAAUAUAUACAUAUAUCUAUAUAAGGAUAAAAAAAAAAGAACAACAAUAUAAGAAGAAGAACAAAAAAGGCUUAUAUAGCAUUGUAAAGUAUAAUCACAAAAACACAUAGAAAAUUACAAAGUAUUGUCAUCAAAUUCAAUAUGUAUAUAAAUAUGUAACUUAAUUAAAAAAAAAUAAAUAAAAAAGUA